AAUAAAUAGUGUAGUGACGAAAUUAAAUUGCUUUUGUGCUUUAAUUAAAAUCUUCCUUCUGUUAUGCGGUAAAUCUACUAUAGAGAGAUAUAUCCUUAAUCCUACAAAAGCCAUUAUUGCUAUUUAUUAGUGACAACAAAGUAAUCAAAAAUGGGUGAACGCAAGGGCCAGAACCUUUACUAUCCCCCCGACUACGACCCUAAGGUCGGGGGGUUGAACAAAUUCAUGGGCACCCAUGCUUUGAGAGAGCGGGCAAGGAAACUCCACAUGGGUAUCCUUAUAAUCCGUUUUGAAAUGCCGUAUAACAUCUGGUGUGAUGGCUGCAACAAUCACAUCGGCAUGGGCGUGCGGUACAACGCAGAGAAGACCAAGAUCGGCAUGUAUUACACUACUCCGGUGUAUCAGUUUAGAAUGAAGUGCCAUCUGUGUGACAACCAUUUUGAAAUCAAAACAGACCCGGGGAACUUAGACUAUGUGAUAGUAUCAGGGGCACGACGGCAGGAGAACAGAUGGGACCCAACAGAUAAUGGCCAGAUUGUCCCGGAGACAAAGGAAACACAGAAGAAGCUGUUUGAUGAUGCUAUGUUCCGCUUGGAACACAAAACAGGUGAUGAAGAUGCAGCUAAGCAGGACAAGCCACGGCUCGGUCGGCUGGUGGGCAGGAACGAGUCUGUGUGGAAGGAUGACUAUGAAGCUAACUGUUCACUCAGGAGGAAUUUCAGAAAACGUCGAAAAGAACUUGAAGAAUCCGCAGUGAACGACGGCCUGCUCCUCGCCAGAUCAUCCCUGGACAUCAACCUCCUGCCAGAAUCAGAAGAAGACCGUCACAUGGCGACCCUGCUCUCACUCCGACCCUCAAAAAGUAUAGAAGAGAAACAAACUUCGACAAGAACUAAAAUCCUCAACACUCCCGCUUUACCGAGCUCUAGUGGGCUGCUAACUAGUUUUGGAGGGUUAAAGAAAGAGGAAUCUUUGAGUAAGAAUGCGAGUUUGACUAGAAAUGCGCUGGGGAUUAUGAUUAAAAAGAAAAGGGUUGAAAAUAGUGUGAACAUGGAGACGAAAGGUGAAAAUAGUGAUGUGAAUAUGGAGAAACAAGAUGAAAAUGGUGAGGUUAAAACCACUAAUGAACAGAAAGAUAAUAAAGUGAUAUCAAAAGAUAAUAAUAUUGAAAAUGAUGCAUUUACUAAAGAUGAUACUGUAAAAGAAAAAGUGGAUGAUAAACUUGAUCUUGUAAAGGGAGAAAUUGAUGCCAAUAAUCAGAUUAUAAGUAAUCAUGUUGAAGAGUUAAAUGAUGCUAAUUGUAUAAUAUUUAAAGUUAGGAAAGAAAGUGAAGUUAAAAUUGGAAAUGUAGAUAAUAAAAGUAGUUUAGAAAAUGUAAAAGAUGUGAAAGUAUCUUUAGUGGGUGAUUAUAGUUCGAGUGGUGACGGUGACUCAGAUUGAACCAAACUUUCAUCAAACAUAUAAAUAUUUGUAAUGCUUGAAUAUCACAAAAAGCGUAACUCUAUAAGCACCAUUGCACCAUCCCUCUAACCCGGGGUUAAGCGGUUAAACCGUUAAACCAGUGUCAAAUUGUACUGGUAACCAUGGUAACUCCAGGUUUAACCGGUUAACCCGGGUUAGUGGAAUGGUGCAAAUGGCCCUUAAUAAAAUAUUUUUACGAUUUCCCGCCAUCUAAUAUGAUACUGAUGAUUAUGCAUUGACAAUAACAGUAUCACUACUACCAAAAAAACCUUUUUUUUAAUGCCUUAGAAGGCUCAUAUUUCAUAUGAAAUAUUUACAUAUGCUACUAUGAGUUCAUAGUUCAAAAUUAAGAUAUGUAUAAGUUUGUAUAUACAAAAUAUUAAGAAAAAUAAAACAAGUUUUAUUUUA